CGCCCCGCCGGCGAUGGGGCUGCGCUGAGGCCGCCGGUGAGUGGGGCCGCGGGCACCGCACGGCCCGGCCCGGCAGGUGUCUCAGCUGUUGUAUGUAUGAGAUUUGUCCACACACUGGCUCUUCAGACAGGUCUUCCAUAUCUCAAGUUGAGAAGUUCCAUAUCAAACUAAACAUGGAGAAAGAAGAAAAGAAAUAUGUCAAUAAAGCAGAGGAAGAUGAGAUGGAGAUCUAUGGCUAUGAUCUGUGUCGCUGGAAGUUGGUGCUAGUUACCAUAGGAGUGAUCUGUUCUGGUGGCUUUCUUCUCCUCCUCCUCUACUGGAUGCCCCAGUGGCGUGUGAAAGCAACGUGCAAAAGGACUGCGCUUAAAGACUGUGAGGUGGUUCUGCUGAGAACAACUGAUGAAUUCAAGAUAUGGUUUUGUGCAAAGGUUCGCAUUAUGCCUUCCUUGGGAGCCAAUCCUUUACAGAAUCCUAAGCCUAUCAUGCACAAGGUUUCAAAUGGCCAUGCUGUUCAUUUCUCUGAAUCUCCUGCAGAAGAAAAUAAAAAUGAUUUGAAAAAAUAUUUGCCUAUUCGUUAUUUCACGCAUCACAGUGUGAAGUAUUUUUGGAAUGAUUCAGUUCAAAGUUUUGAUGUUGUGCGAGGUCUAGAUGAAUCUACCUUCUGCUCUGCAAUUCAUAACGAACACAGCACAGGACUGACAAAGGGAAUGCAUGAUUACAGAAAAGCAUUCUAUGGAGUAAAUGAAAUUGCUGUGAAAGUGCCUUCCAUUUUUAAGCUUCUGGUUAAGGAGGUUCUCAACCCUUUUUACAUUUUCCAGUUGUUCAGUGUGAUAUUGUGGAUCACUGAUGAGUAUCACUACUAUGCAUUAGCAAUUGUGAUUAUGUCUGUAAUAUCCAUUGUUAGCUCACUCUACACCAUUAGAAAGCAAUAUGUUAUGUUACAUGACAUGGUAGCAGCUCACAGCAUUGUAAGGGUUUCUGUCUGCAGAGGAAACCAAGAAAUAGAAGAAAUCCUUUCCACUGACCUCGUGCCUGGAGAUACCAUGUUGAUUCCAUCCAAUGGGACAAUUAUGCCCUGUGAUGCAGUGCUGCUCAGUGGUACUUGCAUUGUAAAUGAAAGUAUGCUAACAGGUGAAAGUGUUCCUGUCACAAAGAUUAAUCUGCCGAAUCCUUCGGAAUAUCCAAAAGCAGUGGGAGAUGAGAUCUACAGCCCUGAAGUGCACAAGCGGCACACGCUGUUCUGUGGAACCAACGUCAUUCAGACCCGCUUCUACACUGGAGAGUUGGUCAAAGCUCUGGUAGUGAGAACAGGCUUUAGUACUGCUAAAGGACAGCUUGUUCGUUCCAUACUGUAUCCAAAGCCAACUGAUUUUAAGCUCUACAGAGAUGCCUAUUUGUUCCUCCUGUCUCUGGUGGUGGUGGCAGGCAUUGGGUUUCUUUACACAAUUGUCAAUAGCAUCUUAAAUGAGGUUCCAGCUCGUACCAUCAUCAUCGAGUCUCUUGACAUUAUCACUAUCACAGUGCCUCCAGCACUCCCUGCUGCUAUGACUGCUGGCAUCGUUUAUGCACAAAGAAGGUUGAAAAAAAUUGGCAUCUUCUGCAUCAGCCCGCAAAGGAUAAAUAUUUGUGGCCAGCUGAAUCUUGUUUGUUUUGAUAAGACUGGCACACUUACUGAGGAUGGCUUGGAUCUUUGGGGAAUUCAGCGGGUGGAAAAUGCUCGUUUCCUUUUGCCGGAAGAGAGGGCUUGCAGUGAGAGCUUGCUGAAGUCAGAGUUUGUUGCUUGCAUGGCAACUUGUCAUUCCCUUACAAAAAUUGAAGGGGUGCUUUCUGGGGAUCCACUUGAUUUGAAGAUGUUUGAAGCAAUAGGAUGGAUUUUAGAAGAAGCAACUGAAGAGGAAACAGCCCUUCAUAAUCGAAUCAUGCCAACAGUGGUUCGACCUUCAAAACAACUUUCCCCAGAAUCCAAGCAAUCAACAGAUCAAGAAAUGGAAUUGUUUGAGCUGUCGACUGGGUAUGAAAUUGGAAUCGUGCGCCAGUUUCCAUUUUCCUCAGUGUUGCAGCGCAUGUGUGUAAUAGCCAGGGUUCUAGGGGAGAAGAGAAUGGAUGCUUACAUGAAAGGUGCCCCAGAAGUGAUUGCCAGCUUGUGUAAGCAGGAAACAGUUCCAGUUGACUUUGAGCGUGUCCUGGAAGAAUACACUAAGCAGGGCUUCAGAGUUAUUGCUCUUGCUCACAGAAAACUGGAGUCUAAGCUUACGUGGCACAAAGUCCAGACUAUUAGCAGAGAUGCUAUUGAAAGCAACAUGGAUUUUAUGGGGUUAAUUAUAAUGCAAAACAAGUUAAAGCAAGAAACCCCUGCUGUACUUGAAGAUUUGCAUAAAGCCAACAUUCGCACUGUCAUGGUUACAGGGGAUAACAUGUUAACUGCUAUCUCCGUGGCCAGAGACUGUGGAAUGAUUCUACCUCAGGAUAAGGUCAUUAUUGCUGAAGCACUACCUCCAAAGGACGGGCAGGCUGCCAGGAUCAACUGGCAUUAUGCAGAUACCCUCGCAAAAUGCACUAGUUCAUCACCAGCCAUAAACUCAGAGGAUAUUCCAGUUAAAUUGGUCCAUGAAAGCCUUGAGGAUCUCCAGAUGACAAAAUACCAUUUUGCAAUGAAUGGGAAGUCAUUUGCAGUGAUUUUGGAGCAUUUUCAGGACCUGGUACCCAAGCUCGUGCUACAUGGCACUGUGUUUGCUCGCAUGGCCCCUGAUCAGAAAACUCAGUUGGUGGAAGCUUUACAAAAUGUAGAUUACUAUGUGGGCAUGUGUGGAGAUGGAGCAAAUGACUGUGGGGCACUAAAGAGGGCACAUGGUGGUAUAUCUCUGUCUGAACUUGAGGCUUCUGUGGCAUCACCCUUCACUUCCAGGACACCCAGUAUUUCCUGUGUGCCAAAGCUGAUCAGGGAAGGCCGUGCUGCUUUAAUAACUUCCUUCUGUGUGUUUAAAUUCAUGGCAUUAUACAGCAUCAUCCAAUACAUCACUGUUACUUUGCUGUAUUCUAUCCUAAGCAAUUUGGGAGAUUUCCAGUUUCUCUUCAUUGAUUUGGCAAUCAUUUUAGUGGUUGUCUUCACUAUGAGUCUGAACCCUGCUUGGACGGAGCUUGUUGCACGAAGGCCUCCAUCAGGCCUUAUCUCAGGUCCACUUCUGUGUUCCGUGUUGUCUCAGAUCGUCAUCUGCCUUGCUUUCCAAACCCUGGGCUUCUUUUGGGUCAAACAGCAGUCCUGGUAUGAGCCUUGGACAGUAGACUCUGAUGCAUGUAAUGCGUUGGACACCAAGAACACCAGCUCUGCACACCACGGGAAUGAGACUAUUCAUGAUGAACAUUACAUUAAAAAUUAUGAAAACACAACUUUGUUUUUUAUAUCCAGCUUUCAGUACCUCAUAGUGGCAAUUGUCUUUUCUAAAGGAAAGCCCUUUAGACAACCAUGCUACAAAAACUUUCUGUUUGUUUUAUCUGUUAUAGUUCUUUAUGUCUUCAUAUUUUUCAUCAUGUUGCAUCCUGUUGAACCUAUUGACACAUUUCUUGAGCUUGUGUGUGUGCCACCUGAGUGGCGCCUCAGAAUUGUCGUCAUCGUUAUUCUAAAUGCAGUUGUAUCCGUGCUGACAGAGAAUGUCCUCCUUGAUAUGAUCCUUUGGAAGGUUGUGUUCAAUCGAGACAAACAAGGAGAAUCUCGCCUCACCAUACCCCAGCCGCCUCAGGAGGCUGGGGAGCGCUGUGGAGUCUGUUUCCUUUCUUCCCUGUUUGGUUGUAGAGAGAAGACACCAAAAGCCAAGUAUAUGCACCUAGCUCAGGAACUGCUGGUUGAUCCAGAAUGGCCACCAAAACCCAGGACAACAACAGAGGCAAAAGCACCAUCCCAAGAAAAUGGUUCAUAUCAAAUCAUCACUAUAACGUAGCAGUGGAUCUUGGUGGCAUGUAUCUUUAGUAGUAUUCAAAAGAAUGUAAUUUUAAGGCUUUAUUUGGAACUGCAGUGUGCUAAAUGUCAAGUUCUAAUGCAGAUAUUUCCAACUGUUUUGUCUCUCUGAACACAAAAUUCAGAGCCAGGCAUCUUAUGGCUAUACAUUUUAAAAAUGUAAGUUACCCUUAAGCAGAACAAAAAUGAUUGUGUUUCCUUCCACCUUCUUUCAGAUUUCAUUGUUCCUAAAUGAGAUGCAUUUGAAGGUUUAAACUGCAGAGCAGUUAAAACAGGUUCACAUUAUUUGCCUGGAGUAUUAUAAUAGUUCUAACCUGCUUAUCUGGGCAUGUAUUCAUGUAAACCCUAUGAUGUGAUGGUUUCAUGGCUGUACUAGAGGUGCAUAAUAACCUUGUCAUGGUUUGGGGGGUUUUUGUUUGGUGGUGUGUUUUUUUUGGUUGGUUGGUUGGUUGGUUUGGUUUUUUGUUUUUUUGGUUUUUUUUUUUUUUUUUUUUUUUUUUUUUUUGGUUGGUUUGGGUUAUUUUGUUUCUUUAGUUGGUUUUUACUUGACUGAUGAAAAGUUUUGUACCCUCAGAACGGUUCUAAAAUUUGUGUGUGUACCUCUGUGUUUGUCCCUAUUAGUAAGGAGUGUUUCCAGGUGUAAUGUUUGGCUUCUAAGUUCAGUUCUUUAGUCUGCUACAGCAGGACUUGGGAAUGCUGUAGAAGCAAUAGGCUCUAUCCUUUAGAAAUAAGCACACCGCUUUCGUGUCGAUUCUUGACUUCUUUUCUAGCUAACCACAAGGAAGGGCUUAGGUGGCCUCCAGGGGAGGAGCCAUUUGGCUACAUUCUAAAGCUUUUGGAGAAAGAAGGAUGGAGAAUCUAAACACUUUCUUCUAUGUCAUGUUUUAUUACAUUUAGCUAUGCAUUUCUCCAUAGACCUUGCUUUUUCCAGCAGAAGGGUUGGAUUAUCCCUUUGUGGACCAUGUUUUAUUUGUAAAUCUAAAGAUAAUUUUCCUAUAUACCUUGAAGUAGUAAGACCAGAGUUACUGCUGCAAGGGAUAUGGGAGUGGGAGGGAGGUUUAUUGUCACGUGCCCACACGUGGGAUUUGUGCACGUUAAAAGCACAGGCAUUUCAAAGUCUGCCGGUGUCUUAAGCGCUACAUGUAGCUGUACGAAACAAAAUUAAGAGAAAACUGAGCUAAAGUCUGUCUUGCUGCAGAACUAUAAGGCUUACGCAGAUUUUAUUUAUUAAAAAAAAAAAAAAAGACAAAAAAAAAGUUUGUAUCACCACUAAUGCUGCUUAAGCACUAGGGGUAGCCAUACAUCGUUUUGCCAUGUGGCAGUAUCAGAACAGAACACCACUAGAAAAAUAGGUCUACAAAGGAAUAGAGGCAGACAGCACUUUGACUUGCAAGGCUUAAAAACUUUUUGGGUUUUUUUUGUUGUUGUUUGGUUUUUUUUGAACCACAAAUUACUUAUCUCCAAACCAUUGUCAACUUUGUAAAUGUUUGGAAAAGUCUUCCUUGGUGUCUUUCAGAAGAUGAUAAAUACUGAGUCUUGAUUACCUAUUUUUGACCAGAGGCAACUAACUGGUUCAGACACCUCCGAGCUUUUGGAGGGAAUCUGGGGUCUGCAGAAGUCAUGAUUCUGUAGAGAUCCUUUAGAGAAGGAUGUAGGGUCCUUUAGAGUAGUUAUGGAAUGAGGGCCCCACACUCACUGGCCGGCUGGGAUUGUUUUGAAGUGUGUAUAUUCUGAUGAUGGAAUUUGAGGUUUUGAUGUUAGGGAUUUUUUUUUUUUUUUAAUUGUCUUGUUUUGUUCUUUUAAAUUCCUGUGGAGACAAUUCCAUUCCAGCCUUGUUUUAAUAAGCAGAAUUUUUCAGAUCAGGCCUAAUUCCCUUGUGCUGUUCUGUAAGGUAGUAUGAACAGUGUGCCCUGCUGCUCAUAGAAUCAUUAAGGUUGGAAAAGACCUUCAAGAUCAUCAAGUGCAACCAUUAACCAUGUUAAUGUCAAUCAUGUUGUGGUUUCUGCAGUGUUGAAUAUACUGUGCCAACAGGGAAUUUAAAAGUGGUGCUAAAUGGUUUGGAAGACCUUUUCCUAGAACUUGGUUGUUGAAGUUAUUGCUCCUCCUAAAUUGUAUGCAUAUGGUGUACUAUCUUCCAGUCCAGCUGUCAACUCUUUUCCUGAUUUCUGUUGUUGUUGUUGUUUGUUUUUGAGGAGUGGAGCGGGGGGAAAGGGAAGUGGUUUUUUAGCAUUCAUUCAACAGAGCAACGUUCUUAUUAUCCUGGCUUCGUAAGGUCAUAAACAUUGAACAACACUGGUAGCUUUUGAAGGGUCUGCAAACAUUGGAUACAUUAAUUAGUCAUGAACCUGAGUCAGUUGGCUAAUUUCUGCCAAUGUUGAUUUUACAAAACCUUUGUAGCAUGGAAUAACUGAUGAAGAAUAAUUCUUAGCUGCGUAAGUAGUAUUCAAAUCUAAACAAAAAUAAUAUUUUAGUUGAAAAAUAUUGUGAAGCUAUGCAUCUUGGACCUGGGAGCUGUGACUUAUCCUUAAACGCAUAAGCUUCUGCUUUCCAUUUCAUUUUAGAUUUGCUGUUUCAUGAGAACUAAAAGAAAAUAUUUGUGUCUUUCCCUUUUAUAUGCUUUUGCUUAAUACUUUCCCUAAACUGAUAAUUUCUCUUGGCCUGUUUGGUCUCUGAAGCUAGUUUUUCAGUCUUAUUCUAGUUUAUUAGACUUACCUAGAAACUGAGGAGGAAACAUCUUAUUAAGGUGGGCUUGUCUUCGGAGAACAUUUUAGGGAACUCUUACUAAACCAGAAAUUGCCAAGUGUCUCCACUUAACUGAGUGACUAAUGGCUCAUGAGCGUAGUAAACUUGAAUGUUUUGCAAAUGGGAGCUUGUUUCCUCCAGGCCUGCCUUCAGGGUUGGUAAAUGUUCCUGAGGUUGCAUGCUUGAGCUCUGACACUUAGUCAAGAAUAAUAAAUCAGCUUUUCUGAGAAUUUGUCUUGUUACUGCAAGUUCAGCCACAAAAUAAGCUUUUGCAUUUUCUGCAAUUAUUGGGAUUUAUGCCUUCCUGCCCAAGAGCUGAAUUUGACCAACUAUAAAUUUUCUUGUUUUGAGCAGUUUAGUUUUUCUGGUUUUCAGAAAUGCAGCAAACUAGAUCUGCACUAGUGUAUUCAGUUUCUGUUUUUAAGUAAGAUGAAAUUCAUUUUGUAGUGAAAAAAAAGUAUCUCUUAGUGUUCAUCUUGGAAAUCUAAAUUCAGGUGAACAGACCAAGUUAGUGAGCUCCACUAGAUACUGAAUAGACAUUUUCUUCCUGCUGUAUAUUUUGGCCUUACGUUGAGGAGUUUGAUUUAUUAUUAAAUUAUUUGUGUAUGCAGACUUCAAUCUGUACGUACUUUAUUUUGAUGUAUUAGGAUUUGUAAAUAUUACUGAUUUUUAAAUAUUAUUUAUGCACAUACUUAAAGGACUGGUCUAUCCAGAAAAGCAAUUGCUAAAUAAUAAAUGUUACUUUUUAGAAAUAAAUUACAAGAUCAUGAAAUUGUAUAUCCCUCAGGGUUAUUUUUAAAGUUUUUUCCUUCCUUUCCCUUCAGAUUCAAUUAGCAGUAACUCUAGUUUCAUGUACUAUAGAACUAAAUCUACUGUAAAAAGAAAAUGCUGCAAAUAAUGCUUGAGUAGAAGCGGCUGAAAAAACCCACAGAACUGACUGUCCAUAUUCAUUGUAACUUUAAAUUGGAAACUCUUAUUGCUGCACUUUUAAAAAAGUUGUUGGAUUUUUAAUUCUAUUUAUUUUUUUCUUUCUUCAUGAAGGUUGUGCUGAACAGUCAUCCCAAAUUGGGUAAAUAAUCCUGUACUGUAUAUGCAGUAUAAUACUAAGCAGAUGUGGAGUCCUUUUUAUGCUGCAAAUUUUUAAUGCUUAUGUUGGUCAUCACAAAAUGAGAGAGCUCAAGUCCUGUAGGAUUUCUCCCACGAAAUUGUAAACUUAGAGUUUUGUAUGUCUAAGGGAAAGCUGUGGGUUUUUGACGAUUUUUAGAGUCUUCAAUAUGUUGAUUUUAUAUACAAUAAAGCUUCAGGUUUUUAAAACUAUUUUCAACAAACUGCAGCUUGUUUAAUAAUUAUGUGAACCAGAAACUACUUAGUCAUUAAUUCCUCAAGCCUAGCACAGAUUAAAAUGUUCAUCAUUACAGCGCUCUCUAGAAGCUCAGCUUCCUUUUAUUUUUAAAUCUGAAAUGAUACUACAUCUUUGUAUUUAAAAUAUGUAUUGCUGCUCUAGAAUGGUACCCUGUUGUCAAGAGGCAUACAUAAAUAACUGUACAAUAGAAUUGUAAAUAGACUUGUAAAUCAUUUUUGUGACUGAAGCUCUUUGAAAAUAAAAUUAAAAGGAAUGGAUAUUUUAA